ACGGUAGUCACGGAGUAGCGGGAGGGGUGAAGUGGGCCCAGGAUUCCGUUGCCAGUUACUGUGCUCUGAGAACGAGUUCUACUGCAAAGCCACUGCAACGAACAGGUCUCUGGAAGUGUUUUUUUCUCCUCUGUAUGCUGGAAGGAAAAUGGUUAACCUCUCCUCCUUCCUCUCUCACCAGGUGUGAAUAGGAAGUUGUCCCUUGUUAUUGUGUCUUUCCUUGGUCAUCUCUGUCCUUUCCCGUACUGUACUUCUGACGAUAGAGGACGUGUCUGCACAGACCUUGACUCACCACCGGGAGUCCCACACCGCCUUACCAGUAUUAGGUGGGUGUCCUGGAUUUGACUGCGACUGAGAGACAUCUGAACUGACUCGCCAUAAGGAAAGACCUCCCUGGCCGCCACUGACCCCCAUCAUGGCAGACAGUCGCCAACCUGAAGACAGCCACCCCCAUUGGGACCCGUCGGGGGCACAGGACCCCUCUCCCCCCCCAGCCCACGGGGCUAACGGCUACCCCCCCUCCUACAGGGCGUGCCAACCAGGGACGGCCCAUGGAGCAGCACCCCCCUCCUACACCUCCAGAGAGAACGGCUUCAACGGAGACCAUGCAGUUACGGCUGAGCAAGUGUCUGCGCGAAUCGUGCAGGAGGUGACAGCAGAAGCAGUGGCAGUACUGAAGGGAGAACAGGAGACAAGACUGCAGUCAGUUGAAGAUACGGCAAACCUGCCCCCCUCUCCUCCUCCCUCACCUGCUGCUGAGCACUGCUUCAGACCCCUGGAGCAAGAUGUAGGGGAUGAGGAGAAGGAGGCCUGCCCUCUCCGCCGCUUCCAAAAUUCUCGGGAGAGGUGCAAGUUCCUCGCCCCCUCCAUCUCUGUGUCUGUGCCCGAGGAUGACCCCUACCACUCUGACGAGGAAUACUAUGAUCACCCCUUGUUCAGCCCUGAGUGGGAUCGCUCCGUCUCCUCUCGGCCCACAGUGCUGGCCGCUGCCUUUAGACAGAUCCAAGUAGAGACUGUCGAGGCUCUUACAGAUAACUUCAAAGAGGAGGAGGAGGAGGAGGAAGAAGAAGUGUUGAUGUUGGAGGAGGAUGAGGAGAUGGAAGGGGCAGCAGCAGAAAUCGUGGCUGCUCUUGAGGAGCUGUGGAGUGGGGAUGAGCCUGAGCCAGACGGCACCCCGACCAAGCCCUUAGAACAGGCUGCGACUGUAGGCGAGGCCCAGGCUGGGCCCCCUGUGCAGGCAGUGGCAGUUAGUGCUGCUCUUGAUGGCCCUAACAGGAGGGAGGAUGAGGUUGAGGAGGAGGAGGAGGUGGCAGUGCCUGAGGGGAAGGAGGAGAUCCUUGAUGAAGACUUAAAGAUGGACAUGGAGAAACCAGGCAGUGAGAGUGGAUGCCUCAGCCCAGACUUCACUGAACCAGAGUGUCCAGCUUUCUCCAGCGGGGACCACGCAGCACCCCCCCGGUACCCCAAAAUAGAAAUGGCUUCUCCAUCCCCUUCUCCGUCAGCUUUCCUUUCUAACAGCCAGAGCCAAGCCAAAGAGCCUACCAAAAUGUCUAUACCGGAUGAACCUACAACAGUCUCAGAGAAGCAGCCGUCUGUGGAAGUUCUUGAGUCCAGUAACCUCACAACGGUUGCAGGGUCUGGAUUCACUACAGCUGGAGACAAAGAUCAAGGUGUCUCCUCUGACUCUAACAAAGACAAAUCUGGCAUGUCGUCUUAUUUCGAGACUUUGGCCCUGAAGGCAGAUGAGGGAUCCAAGGGGGCUCAAGCAGAAGGUUAUUAUGAACUGAGCACCGCAGGUCAAGAGACGAGCUUAGAGAGAAGCUCCCCAACAGUUCCGUCACCCCCUGAGAUCAACUACAGCAUGUUGGCACAAACACAGUCAGUGGAGAAGAAGCCGAUGGGAUAUCAAAAGGAUACCUUACCGGCCCUGGACAGGAGUAACGAAUGUAGGCUUUCCCCCGGGAAGUUGGCCCUGGAUCAGAGAAGCUACUCUCUCAACAUUACGAUUGGAUCGAUGGAUCCCAGCGGCCAGGGCCUACCUAGGAACUUCUCUCCAUUGGCCACGGACAUCAUGUCUUUUACCAGUGGCAGUCUGGAUGAGUCUGUCAACUAUCUCCCAGUUACCACCCUGUCUGCGGAGAAGGUGCCCCCGCCUUUCCCUCCCCUGAUCCUGGAGACGGCCGCCUCAGUCACGUCUGACUCCUCGUCUCCUCCCCACAACACAGGAGAGAUCCCCGGCGAAAAGACCAGCCCCCAGGGGUCAGAGUCCCCAGAGUCUCCCUUUCCACCCAAAUACUACUACAAAAAUGGGACAGUUAUGGCUCCUGACCUACCUGAGAUGCUGGACCUGGCAGGCACCAGGUCUAGACUAACUUCUGAGAACAAUGACCCAGAGACCAUGAGGAGGAAGUCUGUUCCUGCAGACGCCCAAGGCAUUGGGAGCGACUCCCUGGCCAACCUGGUCCUGGGGGACCAGAAUCAGAGCCAGAGUCUUGCCAAGAGUGAGAGCCAGCUGGAGGAGUUGGGUUACUGUGUGUUCAGUGAGUACUCAGGGCCCAUGCCUUCCCCUGCUGACCUCCAUAGUCCAAUUGACUCCCCGCCCCAGCGCUUCACCCCUAUGGCUCUGGAGGAAAAGAUGGCAGAGGAAAAACUGAAGAUCGAAGCUAGAGACAAACUAGCCGAAGACGAGAAGACAAAUCAGUUAACUGUGUGUGACGGUUCCAAAGAAAAGGAAGAAGCUAAACAAGUGGGACGGAAAGCUUCUGCUUCAGAGGAAAAAGACAACAAAGAGAUCAGCCAUGAAAAAUCUGCCAUGGAGGACCAAAACGACAAACCGGCUUCAGCUCUGAAGUCAGCAGAGUCCUUUGUGACUCCUACAGUGAUGGUCACCCUGGAUGAGGAGGGAAAGGCAGGGAACGAGGGACCAGAGACAGAUGCUGAGAUGGCUGCCUACGAGAGGCAGAUCCGCCGGCUGGAGAUGGAGGACAGGCCCCUGAGCAUGGAGGAGGAGCGAGAGCUGCAGGAGUUAAGGGAGAAGGUGACGGAAAAGUUCUUGGUGCACCAGGAGGCAUACGAGGAGGUGGAUGCCGAAGACGUCUACCAACUGACUGGGGUUGCCAAGGACCGGAUCAGCAGGCCCGCGAGGCCCUCCCCGGCCUCCUCCGUGGAGAGCACCACAGAAGAAGAGAAGGUUCCAGUUACGGACACCGAGAAACCUAAACAGACGGGAGGUCAGACAACGCCUCCGAAGGUUGACGUCAUGGCGACAUCUCCGUCUGUGUCAGGUGGUGAUGUGAGCACCACAGAAGAAGAGAAGGGGAAAGUUAGCGAAGAGAAGCUGAAGAAGGAGCAGGAGCAGGUUGUAGAGGUCAAAGAGAAGAACAAAGAAGAAAAGAAAAAGGAAGAGGGGGAGGAGGAGGAGGAGGAUAUAGAGCAGGAGGUGGAACAGGAGGAAAUCAUGAUAGAGAUAAAACCAACAAAGCCUGGAGAGAAAGAAGAGAAGGUUGAGAAGGAUAUAAUGAAAGACAAGGAGGAAGAAGAAGAAGAGGAAGAUGGUGAAGUUCUGUCAGGGGCAGGGGCAGGAGCAGCGGUGGAUGACGUUCCAGAACCCAGAGCUGCCAUAGAGUCAGUGGUGACUGUGGAAGAUGACUUUAUCAUUGUAGUCCAGACCAUCGACGAGGGCGAGGAGCCAGGACACAGCGUGCGUUUCUCUGCUCCGCCUGAGCCUGAGACACCACAGGCUCUCCACGAGCAUGAGGGAGAGGAGGAGGAGGAGGAGGAGUCCCAGGAGGUGGAGAUCAUGGAGGCAGCUAGUCUUGAGGAGGUGGGGGAUGUCUCAGAGGAGGUCCGUGAGAAGGAGGUGCAGGCCUCACCAGAGAAGGAGGUGCAGACAGAGACCGAGGGACAGACAGAGAGCUACGACAGAGAUGAGACCACCAUGGACGACUCAAUCCUAGACAGCUCUUGGGUCGACACUCAAGAUCUCUGCACUGUAGAUGUGGAUGAUGACAAGAGCAUGGCUACAGAGCAGAUCGAGCCCCUGAGAGCCGACCGGGUCCCAGCCCCACCAGUCAAGAAGGAGAAGACUCCCCAGAAGCAGGAGAAGCAGGAGAAGCAGCCGGUGAAUCCCAAGGCUAAAGGGGGACGGGUGAAAGGGCGCGAGGGGCACGUCUCCACACCAGAACGUAAACCCAUUCACAAGCAGCCGGUCUAUAUCCCCAGGGAGGACGUCAAGAAGAAGAAAGCCGUGAUUAAGAAGACUGAGCUGACCAAGAAAGCUGAGACUCAGAUGCGCUCCUCUCCGUCUCGGAAGAGUGUGUUAAAGUCUACUGCGGUCCGACACUCGCGUCCUGCCCAGGCCCACCCCUGUGCUAGGAGGAAACCUACAGUGGGUGUACCAGAGGGUCGUCGGCCCCUCAGUGUUGCUAGACAGUCUGGGGACAGAGCCUCAGUGGAGCUUGAUAGGCCCCGUCCCUCCUCCUGCGGGCCUCGUGACUCCCCAACACUACACAGACUGAUAGACGUGGAUGGUGGUUCUCAGAGCCCAAAGAGGUCAUCCCUGCCGCGGCCUGCCUCUAUCCUGAGCCGGCGUACCCACCACCACCCACACGACCAGGAGGAGAGCUCCACCUCAAUCACCAGCUCCGGCUCCACCGCACCCCGCAGACCUACGUCGUUCCGUACAGAGGUCAGGGCGGAGCAUAGGACAGGACGCGCCCCUAGUUGGACAGGCACACAGUCGAUGCGUUCCCGCUCGCUGUGCAGCGGCCCCACCACACCCCGCACCCCAGGGUCCACAGCCAUCACCCCUGGAACCCCUCCCAGCUACAGCUACUCCUGCCGCACACCCGGGACCCCUCGCACCCCCGGCACACCACGUUCACUCAGCCUGCUGCAGGAGAAGAAGGUGGCUCUGCUCCGCACCCCUCCCAAGUCCCCCGCCACCACCCCCAAACAGCUCCGCGUCCUCAACCAGCCCCUGCCAGACCUCAAGAACGUCAAGUCUAAGAUCGGCUCCACAGACAACAUCAAUUACCAGCCCAAGGGGGGACAGAUUCAGAUUUUAAACAAGAAGCUGGACUUCAGUCACGUACAGUCAAAAUGUGGAUCCAAGGAUAACAUGAAGCAUUCUCCUCGUGGAGGCAAUGUGCAGAUACAGACCAAGAAGAUUGACCUGAGUCAUGUGACCUCCAAGUGUGGAUCCUUGGACAACAUUCGCCACCGGCCAGGGGGAGGCAACGUGCGCAUAGAAAGUGUGAAGCUGGACUUCAAAGACAAGGCCCAGCCCAAGGUGGGUUCCCUGGAUAAUGCACACCACACCCCUGGUGGAGGCCUCAUUAUAAUCGAGAGCCACAAGCUGCUGCUCCGUGACACGGCCAAGGCCCGGGUGGACCACGGGGUGGAGAUCAUCAUGACCCAGUCACCGGUAACGGGCAUGUCAGGGACGCUGUCCCCCCACCGCCACAGCCACCUGUCCUCCUCCGACAGCAUCAACUUGCUGGAGUCUCCACAGCUAGCCACUCUGGCUGACGAUGUCACCGCUUCCCUGACCAUGCAGGGUUUGUGAGCGGCUUGACAACCUCUGCCCGGGCACUGGAUCUUUUGACCACCACCCUGCCUCCAGUCAAUCCCAGCCCAGAUAUUCAGGCACCCAGACACCCCAGGCACCGGACACCUUCACCCUUCCUCCAGCCACCAUGUCCCCAAGGUCUGGACCCCCCUCACCCCGUCCUGCUUCCAGUUUCACUCCAGUCCACCACAGCCCCGGACACCUUCCCCCUGCCUACAGUCUCCUUCCAGUUCACCCCAGCCCUGAACACCUUCCCCCUGCCUACAGUCUCCCUCCAGUCCACCCCAGCCCUGAACACCUUCCCCCUGCCUACAGUCUCCCUCCAGUCCACCCCAGCCCUGAACACUUCCCCCCUGCCUACAGUCUCCCUCCAGUCCACCGCAGCCCUGGACGCUUUCCCCUGUCUCCAGACGACUAAUCCUAGACUCCUGACACCCUCAACUUGCUUCCAGUUUAACCUGACCCCAAGCCUUGAACUCCCUCACUUUCCUCUAGUCCACCCCAGGCUCCACACCCAGCCUUCAAUUUCCCACAAGUCCACCUCCAGCCUCGGGUACCGAACAGCCCACCCUGCCUCAACCUCACCCUGCCUCAACCCCACUCUGCUUCUAGACCACUCUGCCUCUAGUCCACUCUGCCUGUAGACUGCUCAGCCCCCCAGACACCUUCCCUUUGCCUCCACUCAGCCUCUACUCUUCCUGCUAGUCCAUCCCUGACACCCUUACCACACCCUGCCUCCCGUCCAUCCUAGGCCCUGGACACCCUCAUCCCACCCGACCUCCAGUCCACCCUAGACUCCCUCACCCUGUCCCAGGCCUCAGACUUCCUCAAUCCUGCUACUCAUCAACCCCAGCCCAGACACUCAGACACCGCCAUCCUGCAGCAGCCUCAUAUCCGCCGCCCGAUGGUGCUGCCUACCCUGCCCUAUGUCAACAAGAUACAUGAAGAAACAACAACAACAACCCUGAGGGAACUACAGAAUAUUUACAAAGUACUUUUGGUCCAUUUUUGUUGAUAUAUCCAUUCCAAGUACCUGUAUUUGGUGUAUUGUUUUUAUUUAUGCUGCAUAUAGAUAGAUAGGUAUAUAAAUAUAUAGAUGAUGUUGAAGCACUGACCCCAAAUCAGCUUUAGCAAAAUAAUCGGGGUUUGGGCCAGGUAUAGGGUGGGGUAGUCUCUGUUCAGUGCUUAGAAGCAGCUUUUUCUUGCCACAGGUAGAAAGUCACGUGGCCAUACCCAUACAAUACCCGUGCCAUCUCGCCAACACGUCUUGUUUUUCUCAGUAAUGUGAAUGGAUGCCAAACUCAACAUUCACCAUACAUCAAGCAUCCUUGAGGCAAAUCAUGCUUGUCCAACAUCCAAUCUAUAUUAAAUAUAUUAACAACUAUAUAUAUAUAUAGUACCAGUCAAAAGUUUGGACACAUCUAUUCAUUCAUUUUUUUGUACUAUUUUCUACAUUGUAGAAUAAUAGUGAAGACAUCAAAAUGUUGAAAUAACACAUAAAGAAUCUUUUGGCAUUCUCUUAACCAGCUUCAUGAGGUAGUCACCUGGAAUGCAUUUCAAUUAACAGGUGUGCCUUGUUAAAAGUUAAUUUGUGGAAUUUCUUUCCUUCUUAAUGUGUUUGUGUUGUGACAAGGCAGGGGUGGCAAAAGAACAAGUCCAUAUUAUGUCAAGAACAGCUCAAAUAAGCAAAGAGAAAUGACAGUCCAUCAUUACUUUAAGACAUGAAGGUCAGUCAAUCCAGAAAAUGUCAAGAACUUUGAAAGUUUCUUGAAGUGCAGUCGCAAAAACCAUCAAGCUCUAUGAUGUAACUGGCUCUCAAGAGGACCGCCACAGGAAAGGAAGACCCAGAGUUACCUCUGCUGCAGAGUUCAUUAGAGUUACCAGCCUCGGAAAUUGCAGCCUAAAUAAAUGUUUCAGAGUUCAAGUAACUGAUACAUCUCAACAUCUACUGUUCAGAGUAGACUGUGUGAAUCAGGCCUUCAUGGUUGAAUUGCUUUAGAGAAACCUCUACUAAAGGACAACAUUAAGAAGAAAAUACUUGCUUGGGCCAAGAAACAUGAGCAAUGAACAUUAGACUGGUGGAAAUCUGUCCUUUGUCCUGAUGAAUCCAAAUGUUUGAUUUUUUGUCUUUGUGAGACAUGGCAGUAGGUAAACGGAUGAUCUCCAUGUGUUUGUUUCCCACAGUAAAGCAUGGAGGAGGUGGUGUGAUGGUGUGGUGGUGCUUUAAUGGUGACACUGUCAGUGAUUCAUUUACAAUUGAGGUGAACGGAUGAGGUGAACGGAUGAUCUCCAUGUGUGUGGUUCCCACCGUAAAGCAUGGAGGAGGAGGUGUGAUGGUGUGGGUGUGCUUUGCUGGUGACACUGUCUGUGAUUUAUUUACAAUUGAAGGCACACUUAACCAGCAUGGCUACCACAGUAUUCUGCAGCAAUACUCCAUCCCAUCUGGUUUGUGCUUAGUGGGACUAUCAUUUGUUUUUCAACAGGAGAAUGACCCAAUACACACCUCCAUGCUGUGUAAGGGCAAUUUGACCAAGAAGGAUGAGACGGUUUGGGAUGAGUUUGACUGCAGAGUGAAGGAAAGGCAGCCAACAAGUGCUCAGCAUAUGUAGGUACUCCUUCAAGACUGUUGGAAAAGCAUUCCAGGUGAAUCUGGUUGAGAGAAUGCCAAGAGUGUGCAAAGCUGUCAUUAAGGCAAAGGGUGGCUUUUUUGGUUACUACGUGAUUCCAUAUGUGUUAUUUCAUAGUUUUGAUGUCUUCACUAUUAUUCUAACAUGUAGAAAAUAGUUUAAAAAAUAGAAAAACUUGAAUGAGUAGGCAUGUCCAAACUUUUGACUGGUACUGUAUAUAUAUAUAUAUAUAUAUAUAUAUAUAUAUAUAUAUAUAUAUAUAUAUGCCAGCUCUUUGUCAGCAACAACAUCUCUUCAAAAAACUAUUUUAAAAAGUGAUAAGUCCUUUAAGUAUAACUUAUACCUGUACAAUUGCAUUACUGCAAGCACUAGAUAAUGGUAUGAUGAGCAUGUAUCAAUUCUAGUUAUGGAAAGAGGCUAUUUUCUAUUUCAAAUAAAAGGAUUUGAGUAAGUUAUUUACUGAAUCAUUGGAUAAAGAUAUGAACACUUCUUCAUGUUUUUGUAGAUAUUAGUUGACUAGUAUGUUAUGUUUGUUGAAGUUGACUUCAGACAACUGUGCUGAUAUUGUUAAGAAGUGCAUUUUUCAGGCCUGCAAUAGAGUACUAAAGGCCCUGUGCCAGACUAGCUACCUGUCCAGGGGGUGUACUUGUACAUCAAGCUGCCUCACACUACAGAAACAGGAGUUAGGCUCCUGCCCAUAUGGGCCAUUCUGGCUCGAACAAGGCUUAUUUUACUUACAGAGUAUUACAUGUACCCUAAUUAUUUUACUUAACUAUCUAUCACCUUGUCCGAAGAGCCCGUGGAUUUCGAUGAUAAAGAGUCAGGUUACAAUCAAGAUAUUUUUUAUAAUUGAAUCAUUCCAAUUUGCAGCAGCACAUACUUCAGUAGCACAACACAUUAGGCUACAUCUCCAUUACUUCACUUCUCUGUCACUCACACAUCUCUCCCGUGAAUCCUCCUCACACGUAGGUGAGUCUGGGAAGGGUAGUUUCAUAUUCAUAUCAUAUUCAUAGUUUCAUAAGAGUCCAAACAUAAAAUCUCAAUGGCAAUGACAAUGCCAUAAUACAAUUCUCAGAUACACAUGACAUAUUUCUGAUUAUAAAAUAUAUUUUACUUACAGAGUACUAAAUAAUGCUACUCUCAAGAGUUCUCUCUGGGAGUUUUUCUUCUAGAAGGCUGGUUUGGCAGUCCUGGUUAAGUUUAAGAGGAGGCUGCAGUGAUUCUCAUCUCACAAAUCUCAGUUCAAAAGAAACUUUGAUGUAGCUGAAAGCUCACAGAAGCUGUGAUCACGAUCCAUUCACUAAUGCUAGCUACAGUAGGCAUUGGAUGGCUGUAAGAUAUUUUAGUCCAUAGUGUUUGAUGAACACCCCAAGGCUCUUAGAGCAGGCUGAGAAUGCACUCAAGAGGGCUUGCAGUUGUCUGAACCAUAUUGUGAAUGAAACUAUGACUAUUAUUUAAAUAUUCAAUUUAGGAAGCAGCUGUGGAACUCUGGUCCCUGUAUCCUUACAGUUCACUUCUAGAUGCUUGGUUUGUUUUGUGUAAAACAUUUAGGGUGGGGAAAUAAAGUGGGAAAAUGCAUUAAAAAAAUAAAUUUCAUAUAAACAAACUUUUAAAAAAGGAACUCAACAAAUCAUGUUGCAUCUGUUUGAUAAAGUGUUACGGUGUAUUUUUUCUGUUGCCGUUGUGGUAUUUAGCCCUCCUUCCUCUCCUAGUAUUCCUGAUGUUUGUUUGCUUCUGUGUACUUUCUGCAUCCCCCUAUCUCCUAUCCUCUGCCCCAACCUACAGCAACUGUUAAUGUCAUUAAAGUUAGAUGUACGCAGUUUUUUCUCCUGUUGAUAAGGUACUAAUAAAAAAAUGCUCUUAACAAUUAAUGACAAUAAAAAAACUAUGAAGAACA